UCGAGUUUGAUGCUUUAGAAGUCCGAGCACUUGAGGGUUACUCAGAUACUUGUAAUGAUUCAAGCCAUAUUCUGGAUUGUCAAAGAGUUUCUGCAAUUUUUGCAGAACAUUGAUAGCGACCCGGAUAGUAGCCCGCGGCAACUGAAUUAUCUAAGCUGGGACAAUUUAAUGGACAUUUUCUGUUAUAUUGCUGGGUUCUUAAUAGUUUUUGAUUUCGAUGAUUGCCAAAGCCUAACUGGAUUAAGAAGAGACUGGCAGUGGCAGUUAGGCGCGUUUACAGUAACAUUAGCCUGGUUGAACUUCCUUUCUCUUCUCAGGAAAUUUCCAUUUUUUGGAAUCUAUGUUCUCAUGUUCUCUGACGUACUUCAGACUUUCCUCAAGGUUUCUGUAAUUAUUGCUUUGUUUGUUCUGGCUUUCUCUUUCGGGUUCUAUGCUUUAGUCGCAGAUCAAGCACCUUUCGGAAAUGGUUGGUAUUCCAUAAUGAAAACGUUUGUGAUGACUAUUGGAGAAUUAGAAUAUGCAGAUCUAUUCUUUGCUGAUGAAAGUGGCGGCAAUAAUACUUCUGUUACCUAUGAGUUAUCUACUUUUGCUUUCUUUUUUGUGUUUGUAAUAAUUAUGCCAAUUAUCAUUACAAAUCUUCUUGUUGGGCUGGCGGUUGAUGAUAUACAAUCUGUUCAAGAGAAUGCAGUACUUCAGCGCCUAGCAAUGCAGGUUGAAUUGAACCUGAGUGUUGAGACAAUGCUGCCAGAGUUUGUAAGACGAAGAUUGUUAAGAAGAUUUGAGAAAUUUUAUCCAAAUAGACCAAGAAGUAUAAUAUCAAGGAUAUUUUCUGAUGAAAUAAAUUUGACAAAUGAUUUGACCGAAGGGACGGAAUCAGAUACUGAAAUACUGGCCAGCAAUCAGGUUUAGACUUUAUUAACAUUUCAAGGGACGAAAUCAGAUACUGAAAUACUGGCCAGCAAUCAGGUUUAGACUUUAUAAACAUU